AUGUCCGGUGAAGCCAGAAUCACUUUUGAGGUCCAUUGUGCGAGGGAGGCCGUCGUCUGCCCGCAGACGUGGGUUGUCAAGGUUGGGGGUUCAACGUCGUGCAUGGGCGUGGAAGAGAACCGGUUUGACGGCCGCCAAGGAGGCCGACACCUACAUAAUAGUAGUAGUGGGGCAUUACUAACGUACGUAUCUGGAGCUUCUGCCCUCUUCCAACCUUCGGACCAUACCGAGUAUGGCCCAGUUCUUCGUCGAUGCCAUGCAUACUAUGUGGUCAACUUCCAUUCUCUACGAUGCCACAAAACCCCUUCCUCUCCCACCACCCCCACGAAGUGCAUGGACCUCCCAUACCAUCUGGAGCUUCGAGCUGACCAGCUGAGUGCUGCCUAUGGGCUUGCGCAUCUGCACAUCACCCGGCUCAUCUCACUCUUUAGUUCGACGGCGAUUCAUACUAUCAUUGAGCAGGUACACCGCUGGUACUGCCUCAUGUGGGCCUCUCGCCAACAUCCCAUCGCUUCGCCACAACUAGCACAACAGGCCGGUAAUCCAUCGCUGUUUGCCGAUCGCUCCAUCAGAACAUCGGGAAUCGUCUUAGGGCUGAAAUCACCGCCACCGGCGCAGUUCCGCCUGUGGGCAACAUGCAGCCCUAUGCACCAUCCCGUCAUCUGCCAUCACGUGGUGGCGACGCCUAUCGGCGAUGUCCUUGCAGACGCCAGCCUAUCUAUUUUCUAUACCUCGCCAAGGGAAUUAACCCUUGCGGGCAUCCUAGUCAGAGGAUAA